AGCUUGUAUCACUUCUCCGUCCCACUCUCUGUCGUUCGUCCCUCGCACUCUCUCUGGCCCGAGUGUGACAGCUCUAAAGUAGCUCUGCUCGUUAUCCAAGCUGAUAAAUAACAUCGUACCCUUUCGCACUUGUAUCGUACCAACACCGACUCGAAAAAUGGGCAAGGCAGGAAGAGUGGCGUGUAUAUUCACGCCAUACCUCCUCUCCAUCGCAGCCUUGGUAUGUCUCGUCCUGGUCGCCUUGGGUGCAACGAGGCCCAGCGACCCCCUGAACAGCAUCUAUUUCCUCAAGGCCGACUUGAAAGACAUAAAGCUCGACUCUCUGGACAUUGACUCACGACUUGCACCUCUUGCAUUGGGAUUACAACAAGCCGAUGGCGCUGGGAAACUCCAUGACUACUACAUCAUCGGCCUGUGGAAUCACUGCUACAAGGAUGGAGAGGACGGCGACUACAAAUGCACCGAGAAGAAGCCGAACUAUUGGUUCGACCCCGUCGAGGUCUGGGGUCUGGGCGACGAUGCUCGCGACUACUUCCCAAAGGCCCUGUCCAAGGGGCUGAACGCAUACAGGAAGGUUGCACACUGGCUUUUCGUCGCCUACAUCAUUGCUCUCGCUUCGAGCGUCGUUCAAUUGGUCUUGGGUAUCUCCGCCGUGUUCAGUCGAUGGGGUAGUCUUGUAACCACAAUCUUUGCGACCAUUUCAACCGUGUUCACCAUCCUUGCUUCCAUCACAGCGAGUGCACUCUACGGCAUUCUCGCCGGUGCCAUCAACGGCGGCCUGAAGCCAUUUAACAUCAAGGCAAGCCUGGGAGGACGCAUGUUUGCCAUCACGUGGCUCGCCACUCUAUUCGCUGUUGCCGGUGGGGUGUUCUGGCUGUUUAGCGUCUGCUGCUGCUCCGGUCGCUCUCCAUAUGACCACAGAGAUCGCAAGGCAAGACGCGGCAUGGUCGCGGAGAAGACACCGUACACAUACGAGCGGGUAGCCAGCCCAUACGGAGGUCACAACAUGGGUGCUUCCGCCACACCUCUCAACCCUAUGACUCCAGCGCAAGGUGCUGGGUUCGAACCGUACCGACACGAUCCGCGCGUCUAGAUACCCACCUCCC